AUGCCUCUCCCGGACUCAGACACUCAGGUCAAAGCCUCCAGCGAAGCUGCGGAGACCUUCGUCAGUCACUACUACCAGGCCUUGAACAGUCGAUCGACGCUACUUCCCUUCUACAUAAAUUCCUCAUCGCGGUACUCAAUUGCUGCCGAUAUUUCUAUCAACGGCUCCGUCCUUGCGGCACCUGCCGAUUACACCAAGCUACUAGAUGCGCAAGGGCAAGGCGUGCGCUACGAGAUAGAAUCUCUAGAUGCGCACGUUAUCAACCCUUCGUCACAGUACGGCGCACCUGAGCAUAUCCACGAUAAUAACCGAGUAGAAAAGAAUGGUGGCCGAAUGACUAUUGUGGUCACGACAAUGGGAAGAGUUCAAUUCGGCAAGGGACGGGAAGCACCUCGGAAAAUGUUCAACGAGACCUUCGUGCUAGUACCAAACUGGGAUUCUAUGGCCAGGAACCCUCCUCGAGGCAUCAAACGUUGGCUCAUCAUGUCGCAAAACUUUCGCGCAUUGUAA